UUUCAACUGCUCGCACAAUAAAAUCACCGUGCUCCUCAUCUAGGCUUUCAAAUUCGUUUAUGGAUGCCAAUAUGUGCUGCCCAGUUUAUAGCCGCACUGGUCGUGUCAGUCAUUUCCUGAAAUAUGUUGUAGUUAGCUGCAGAAGUUGUUUAGCAACAGCCGAUCGUGCUAAUUCAACUAACGUUUGCUAGCUAACGUGUUAGCAUCAUCUGCUUGAGGAAGAGCCCCUAAUAGGUUUAAAAGUGUUCAAUUUCUCGUUUACUCUGCUCCUAUUUCUGGUAUAUACAACUACACCAGGCGGUGGAGAGCGGAUGCUGAUGGGGGACGAAAAGGAGACUUGGAAAGUAAAAACUCUUGAUGAAAUCCUACUAGAGAAAAGACGCCGAAGAGAAUUAGAAGAGAGAACAAAUCCCAAGCGCCAGAAAAAUUUCACGCCGAGCGUUGUACCACAGGCGGAUGAUCGGGAAGCCAAACGAGACACUCCGGAGGAAGGAGAACUACGCGAUCAAAGGAUGGAAAUAACAAUUCGUAAUUCCCCUUACACACGGGAAGACUCAACAGAGGACAGAGGAGAGGAGGAUGAAUCCCUUGCAAUCAAGCCUCCGCAGCAGGUAGCAAGGAAGGAAAAGUCUCACCACAGAAAGGAGGAGAAGAGAAAAGAUAAACGACGCCAUCGUAGUCACUCUGCUGAAGGGGGAGGGAAACAUGUCCGGCCGAAAGAGAAGGAGAAAGAGCGAGAGAGUGACCGGCGGAAGCGUCAGUGGGAGGAGGACAAAGCGCGGCGGGACUGGGAGAGGCAGAAGCGAAGGGAGCAGGCCCGAGCUCAUUCCCGCAGAGAAAGUUAUUCUGUCGGUGUGCAUGCACUCAUCAAAAGCUACAAAAAACCACUAGGGGACCGGCUGGAGCAGUUGGAACGUCAGCGCGAACGGGACCGGAAGCUGCGGGAGCAGCAAAAGGAGCAGCGGGACAUAAAGGAACGGGAGAGAAGAGCCGAAGAGCGGCGUAAAGAAAGAGGGACUCGACGGGAAGUGCCAUCUCACCAUCGGAUGCUACCGGACGAAUAUGACGACAAACCGAAACAAAUUCACCGCAGUCGCAGCCCCACUCGGGCUCCCCGAGACAGGCCUGAGCUCAGCGAACCGAGGAAGAGCGCCGCAGUAAAGGAUGAGAAGCCAGAUAUUAAAGACCUCCUAGCAGACCUGCAGGACAUCAGUGACACUGAAAGAAAGACCAGUACUGCAGAGUCCUCCAUGGCAUCAGCAUCAGGCUCUGGGGAGGAAGAUGAGGAGGAAGAUGAAGAGGAGGAGUCCAGCAGCCAAAGUGAGGGUCAGGAAGAGGAGGAGGACGAAGAGGAGGAAGAAGAAGAAGAAGGAGAAGGAAGGGAGGAAGAGGAGGAGGAUGAAGAAGAGGGGGAGGAGUCGGUUUCAGGUUCGGGGCGGUCGGAGCAGAGUGCAGAGGAUGUGAGUGAAGAAGAACAGUCCGAGGAAGAUUUUGAGUUGGAGAAGGAAAAUGGAAUCCACAUCCCUCCAGUGCCAGAGUCUCGUUUCGACCACGACUCGGAGGAGAGCGGUGAGGACAUGGAGGACGAUGAAGAGGAAGCGGGCGAGGCAGACGUCACGCCACAGUCGCAGACUCACUCCCGCUCGCCCACGCCGGAGGAGAACUACAUCCCAGACUCGCCCCCCAUCUCCCCCGUGGAGCUGAAGAAGGAGCUGCCGAAAUAUCUGCCGGCUUUACAGGGUUGCCGAAGCGUGGAAGAAUUUCAGUGUUUGAACCGAAUAGAAGAGGGAACCUACGGUGUGGUGUACAGAGCCAAGGACAAGAAGACCGACGAGAUCGUUGCCUUGAAAAGGCUAAAGAUGGAGAAGGAAAAAGAGGGCUUUCCCAUCACGUCGCUAAGAGAGAUCAACACGAUUCUGAAAGCUCAGCAUCCAAACAUCGUCACUGUGAGGGAAAUAGUGGUUGGGAGCAACAUGGACAAGAUCUACAUCGUGAUGAACUACGUAGAGCAUGACCUGAAGAGCCUGAUGGAAACCAUGAAGCAGCCCUUCCUGCCAGGAGAAGUCAAAACUCUGAUGAUUCAGCUUCUUCGAGGAGUGCGACAUCUCCACGACAACUGGAUCCUCCAUCGUGAUCUGAAGACGUCCAACCUGCUGCUGAGCCAUAAGGGCAUCCUGAAGAUCGGUGACUUUGGUUUGGCCCGCGAGUACGGCUCCCCGCUGAAGCCCUACACCCCUGUUGUGGUGACCCUGUGGUACCGGUCCCCCGAGCUGCUGCUGGGAGCCAAGGAGUACUCCACAGCUGUGGACUUGUGGUCUGUGGGCUGCAUAUUUGGCGAGCUUCUCACCCAGAAACCUCUUUUCCCUGGAAAAUCUGAAAUUGACCAAAUUAACAAGAUUUUCAAGGACCUGGGCUCACCCAGCGAGAAGAUCUGGCCCGGCUACAACGAGCUGCCCGCCGUGAAGAAGAUGACUUUCACAGAGUAUCCCUACAACAACCUGCGGAAGCGCUUCGGAGCCCUGCUGUCGGACCAAGGCUUCGACCUCAUGAACAAAUUCCUCACCUACUGCCCCAGUAAGAGGAUCAUAUCGGACGAGGCUCUGAAGCACGUGUACUUCGGAGAGACGCCGCUCCCCAUCGACCCCUCCAUGUUCCCCACUUGGCCGGCCAAGAGCGAGCAGCAGAGGGUGAAGAGAGGCACCAGUCCCCGUCCACCCGAGGGAGGCCUUGCCUACAGUCACCUGGGCGAUGACGAUCUGAAGGACACGGGCUUCCACCUGACCACCAGCAACCAGGGAGCCUCCGCCGUCGGCCCCGGAUUCAGCCUCAAAUUCUGAGCCCCAAGCUGCCGGACACGUGGAUCUAUCCCAGGGAAGGCUGGAGAAAAAGAGUUUCGGGGGCCGCUUCACAGCUUAUCGGACGGAUCAACAGCAACCGUUACCAAACAGUCAGGACUGUCUGAACAGCAAGACUGGUGGCUCAAACGCCUUGAAUUUCGGCCGCCUCUCUGUAUUUUUUUUAAGCCAUUUUCAAUGAGACCGUUGCGGCUCCUCAGGAGAAGGCAACCAUAAAUCUGUUAGACUUUAGCUCUCAUGUUUGACUUCUGUUUUAUUUUCUUUCUUAUACUUCAUGAGCGAGGACCAGAUUUCAUAGAUGGUUGGUAUUUCCUGGCUGUCUGAGCUACUGUAUAAUGAUGCAGCGUUGGCUGGGUUCCUUUCAACAUUCAACAAAAUGUUGUAGAGUCACUUGGAAAUGUCAGCUCACGUGAUGACAGGCAGACGGUGUUUUUGCUAGAAAUAAAGUUUGAAACUUUGCUUUGUCUACGAUUUUCUCAGUAUUUAUAAAGUCUGUCCAUGCUAUGCAAACACAACUGCAAAACUGGCAGGGGAAAAAAAAAAAAAAAAAAAAAUGAGGGGAAGUAGAGCCUGAAUGAAA